AUGUCCUUUGAAAUAAUACCGGUGGUUCAUCCUACAUCGGAUUUGAACAGAUCAAGUGUAUUUAUAAGAAAUACGCUCACGGGACAAAGACAACUGAUUGGAUCCGUUCCAGAAGGAUUUCAAAGAAAGUGCAAUGAACUUGGAGUGCGCACAUCGAGGCUUGAAAACAUAUUUCUAACCGGAACCCUUGAUUGGGGCUCCAUUAGUGGUCUUCCGGGUCUUAUUCUAACGGUGAGUGAUCAAGGUCUUAAACGACUUGGUGUGUACCACAGCACAAAACAUGUACUUCAGUAUCUAAUCUCAUGCUGGAGGUUUUUUGUGUUUCGCUUUGGCCUCGACUUAGAUGUUGAAAAGCCGAAAAAUGGGCCAUUAGAGACAGGUGGGUUUGUCAUUAGUCCUGUGUCGAUUAAACCAGAAAACGGGUCUGAAACCAAAGACAUAAGCAGCUCGCUCAAAAGGAAGCUAGACAUCCUUGUGAAGCAAAUCUUUCCGAUACAGAAUAAUCCAAAUAUCUUGAACAAAACCGUCACCAAUGUUUCGUUGCCCAGAACAAUCACAAACAAUAAGAUCUGCACAAGUUGGGUAAUGAACGGCAUACCGAAACGUGGAAAGUUCCAAGUCAAGAAGGCCCGGGAGCUUGGAUGCCAGAUUAAGCAUUUUAAAGCACUCUGCAACUUCCAACCUGUCACUUUGGAUAAUGGAACAGUUGUGACACCUGACCAGGUACUUGAACCAACUCGCUCAUUUGAACCAAUACUCUUUCUUGAGGUGCCUUCAGAGGAAUAUCUUGCCAAUACCUACAAGUACGACUGGAGCCGGGUUUUGAAAUCAGUUCACGCGGACCAUUUUGGAGCAGUUUAUCACUUUAUUGGAAGCUCAAUUGACAGACCACUCAGCAGACCUGAUUAUAAGGAAUUCAUUACUUCGUUCGGUGACAAGACACUCCAGUUUAUUUCGCAUAAACAGUACACUCCCGAUCUCAUCAACUACGAAACAUCGUAUGAAACAUCGCUUAAAUGGAAAUGCUUUUUACCUCGGUGGUUUCCACUUUUCCGGUGGAGCAACAAACCGGAGUUGGAAAUACCGGAAGAACUUAAAUCCACAAAUAAAAUUUUCCCAAUGAUUUCCGGCCAGAAGGUGAACUUCAAGGCUGGAAUGCCGGUGACAUUAGACGAAGCAACGAUUAAAGGGACGGAGAAGGAUAUACACUACUAUGAAGAACUAUACGACAGCGUUUUUGGAACUUUGAAUAUGGAUAAUAGUGAACAAUUAAAGAACGAUUUCGUGUCAUGGAGCACUCCAUCGGAAGCAGAGCAUUUAAUUCGUUGCAAGCCGGAUGAAAAUGUCUCUUUGGCAGAUCAAGUUGAGACAUUGGUUUGUGGAACUGGAUCGGCAAUUCCAUCUAAGUUUCGAAAUGUCCUUGGAAAUAUGGUGAGAGUUCCAUUCAUCGACUCGAAGACCGGCGAUAGUGGAUAUAGGACGAUAUUUCUAGAUGCAGGCGAGAAUACAAUGGGUACAAUCAAGAGACUCUUUAAGAAAGAUGACAUGGACAUGUUGAUGCGAGAGUUAAAACUUAUUUAUCUCUCACAUCUUCAUGCUGAUCAUCACAUGGGAAUUGCUGGAUUGAUUAAGGAAUGGCUCAAGAGAGCUCGGGAGGACAAUGAUGAUAAUAGACUCUUGUAUAUAGUUACUCCCUGGCAGUAUGAGAAAUUUCUAGAAGAGUUGAACAGCAUAGAAGAUCUAGGUGAUACGUCGAGACUCCGGUAUUUGAGUUGUGAGCAAUUCAACAAGUGUUCAUCCAAAAUAUUGCCGGAACUUGAGCAGCAGCCUUUGGAAGCGAUCAACUCCGGUGAUCUUCUUUCUUCAAAAGUCAAAAUUCGUCCCUUCACCCCUAACGAUGAUCUAUGCGAGCAGAUGUUUAAAGACUUGAAGUUGAAAAGCUUCAACACGUGCUAUGCUUUUCAUUGUGAAUACGCAUACUCUUGCGCCUUAGAGUUUUGGCUUAACGACACUGGGAAAAGUUUUAAAAUAGCAUAUUCUGGAGACUCAAGACCGAGAAAGCAGUUUGCACACAUUGGACACCAUUCCAAUCUGUUGAUUCACGAGUCCACAUUGGAAGAUGAUAAACUUCUCGAUGCAUUAAAGAAAAGACACUCAACAACUUCCGAGGCCGUCCAGGUUGCCAUUUUGAUGAAAGCGAGAAAAGUGAUUUUAACGCAUUUCAGUCAAAGAUAUCGUUCAUUCAGCUGCUCAAAGCAGGUGUACGAGCAAUUAAAAAAUGCGUCUUUAUUACCCAGAAGCGAACUUGGUGACCCUAGAGUCAUUAUGGCGUUAAAGGAUGAGCGUGAGAAAGCUGAAUUGAGGAUGAAAAGUAAGAAGAAGACAGAAGAUGAAGAGACAACUGAUUUGGUGAUAAAUCUGUCUGAUCCGUUUAAAAAGUACGCCUCUUUUAAAACACGAUCUAGCAUCUUCAAGGUUCCAGUUAGCCCCGAGAUGGAGCGAAAUUCAUCAAAUAUUCAAAUUGUGUUUGCGUUCGACAAUAUGCUUUUGAGAUAUGGAGAGAUGGACAAGCAGAGACAUAUAAUAGAGCGGGAAAACGAGAGAUUAGAGCAUAUAUUCCAGUCUGAAGACAAGAUUGAGCAAAAGGAAGAAGAAGAAGAGCCUAGGGAUAGAAGCAAGAAAAGAAAGCUACAGUCCAGAAAUUAG